GGGAGGGGGUGGGUGUGGGUGGGGGGUGUGGGUGCUCGCGGCUUCACAGUCGGCAGUGAUUUGUUCGAUGACUGACGAGAUCUCCCAGUUUGAGAUUAGAAUCAGUGCAUUUUAAAGGACAAAGUUUCCAAAAACAACAGGAAGGGAAAAAGAAACCGUCUCUGUAGCAGAAAUGUCUACUGAUUUAGCAGUCACUGGUGUUCGGGCCAGUUGCAUAAGUCACAAGGGAAACAGUCAAUACCGAAUUAAAGCAAAGAUGUCCUAUGUGGAUGAGAGCCUGUUUGGCCGUUCGAAUGGGCUUCAGAGCCCAGUGCCUGAAUUUGAACCACCGUGGGUUUCCAAGCCCCAAACCGAACCACAGCAACCAUUGUUAUGGAGCCCUGUAACCAUAAACUCACCGAAUCGGCGGACUGCCAAUGGGGAACCGAACCCAAUCCCAGUGCCUUCCAAGAGUGGUGGCACGCCAACGAAAAAGAACAAAUACAGGUUAAAAAGCCAUACUCCUAGCUACUGUGACGAGUCUCUUUUUGGUUCCAAGCAAGACAGCCCCGUCUGGGAGGCACCAUGGACGGCGAAAGAAAACAAAGUAAAGAUUCGACCACUGUUGUGGAGUCCUAUCACACUUAAAAUAAACUCAAGCGCUUUUCACGCUGGUAGCACCAAGAACGCCUCUCCCCAAGCACAUCCAGUGAAAGCCCUUUCCCCAGACACAGGAGGAUCAUCCAGUGGGUUCGUUGCUGAAUACAGAGGCAAAACAGAUUUCUGGAAGAGACCUGAUAGUAAUGCCUCCAGUGUUGCUACCACGACCCGGGGAAGAUCCCAGUCUUUAACUAGGUGGCAACAGGCUCCAACACAGUUAGGAGCUGUGAGUUCCUUAUUGAAUUCCAGUAGGAACGCAGAGCGGUUGUAUUGUAGGCCGACAUCAGCGUUUGCUGGGCUUUCUGAACCACAGCACUGCGGGAGGCGGAGGUCAGGAUCUGCUUCCUCUGUUCGACCAAAGAUGAUGGAUUCCCGGAAACCAAACCCACCCUGGAAAUACUAGAAUAGAAUUUGCGUGUGAGUAUGUGAGCGCAAACGCAUGGGAAGAUAUUGGGGCUGUACAUAAUACAGUAAAGAGAUUUUUUUCACUGAUCCUAUUAUAAUAUAAUAAUCCUUGCAUUU